GUCAGCCUACAUAAAAUGUCACUGUGUGUCCCAGGUGCCUCGAGGAAGGACCAGCCGUCGUUCACACUGAGGCAGGUGAGCUACCUGUGCGAGCGCUUGCUCAAAGACCACGAGGAGAAGAUCCGGGAGGAGUAUGAACAGAUCCUCAACACAAAACUUGCAGAACAAUACGAAUCUUUUGUGAAAUUCACACAAGACCAGAUCAUGCGAAGAUAUGGCGCCAGGCCUGCUAGUUAUGUCUCUUGAAUUCCCCCAUCGAUGAGGUACCAGCUUUUCUCACAAGAUGGCUGCUCUUCUACUGCCCCUUCCUCCACUAGAUUUGUGAUUUUUAUUUCCCCUUUUUUUCAUGCUAUUUGGGUACCAUGGUUUAUCAACAUUUUUAAUCCAAAACUGAUUUCUAUAAAAUGCUAAUGAAUCGGAAUAAAAUGUAAAGAUUCAAUUAUAUGCUAGCUCUCUGRAUUUUUUUUGACUAAAGCAGAUUUUUUGUUCUCCCCGGCGCUGUAGUGGCUAUUCUCUGAUCCUUCUGUAUUAUAACCUGCCAGCACUGCCCCUCUGCAGCAGCUGUAUUACUAAAGCCCCCUGGCCUCUCAUCCACCCAGUUUAUUUUUUAUCUUUUCCAACUCUAACUGAGGAUGUGGAUUUCUUUUGAAAUUAAAAGUUCUGUGAUUUAAAA